CAAGCCCACCUCCUCCAUCACCCCGCCGCCGCCCACCUCCGCAACAACCCCACCGCCAUCCUCACGGAAAUCGACAACUGGGCCACCGCCCACAACCACUGCAUGAUGACCAUCGGCCCCGAACGCAGCCAGCCCAUCGUCGAUCUCAUCCGCUCCUCCUCCCCGCGCACGAUAGUCGAGCUAGGCGGCUACAUCGGCUACUCCGCCAUCCAGUUCGCCGACGAGCUGCGCCGCACCACCACCACCACCACCCCCGGCAUCGCAGCACGGUACUACAGCCUCGAGAGCAACGCCGCGUACGCGGCGGUAGCGCAAUCGCUGAUCGACUUCGCGGGGCUGGGGGAUCUGGUGCGGGUGCUUGUGGGCGAGGCGAAGGAGUCGUUGGCCCGGGUGGCACGGGAACUUGGGGGCAACACAGCGGUAGAUCUGCUGUUUGUCGAUCAUUGGGGGGAGCUGUAUCUUCCAGAUUUGCUGGUCGCCGAACACUUGGGGCUGUUGAGGGAGGGCGCGCUGGUCGUGGCGGAUAAUGUGGGGAUGGAGGGGGCGCGGGCGUAUGCGCGGUGGAUG